AUGGGUGAUCAUGACGUCGACCUGUGCCAAGCCAGCCGCUACAACCAUGCGAAUUAUUGGGACUUCGUGCCGCUGCCAACGGUCAGCGACGACACAGGGUGCGACAGUCUGUGCCAUGACAGCCCUUCCAAAAGGAUAAGGAUGGCGCCGCCGGCGUCCGCCUUCGACGCGGAUGCAGCCGAGGAAUGCCUGCCCUCCUGCGAAAGGCGUCUAUUGGAUCAGUACCACAUCCACCUUCAACCCGCGAGCCACAGCCCGCGGAGCGGAGCCGACUCCGCCGCCGGUCGAAAGGCAGCGGCGCAGCUCCGUGCCAUGGGUGCACAGGAGUCUCUCCUGCCGACUCACUCGGUCCUCUCGCCACCCGAAUGCAGCGCGCAGACCCCCGCGCAGGUGCAGAUGGUCUCCGGUGGUGCUGCUGUGGACUCGACUGCGGAUCAGCACGCCCCCAUUGCAGCUAGUCAAGACCUCGUCGACCUCUUCUUCCUUGAGGGCAGCCAGGCCGUCGACGGUCAGUGUUUCUCGCCCUACCCCAUCUACGGUUGGCGCACAGCCGAGGAGCGCCGGGCUGCCGUUUGUGAGGUGUUCAAGACUUACAACGUGGUCACGCACCUGCCCGCCUCGCCGGCUGCCCUGGCCGCCGCGCAGCCCCGCUACAGUUCCCACCAACACUGCGCCACUGCCCCCAUCAACAAGAGUGCGGUUGAGACGCGUGAGCAGUACUGGCGCCGCCUGUCGAACCUGUACAUCCAGAAGGGUGUGAAGGGCGGUGCCGCCGCCCCCGCCUACGAGCCCGAGGAUCCGUUCUACAUGAUCGACCUCGGGCGUAUUGUGGAGCAGAUGGCGCGCUGGCGUCACGAGCUCCCGAUGGUGCGCCCGUACUUUGCCGUGAAAAGCAACCCGAAACCGGCUGUUAUGGAGGUGCUCAGUGCCCUCGGCGCCGGCUUCGACUGCGCGUCCAAGGAAGAAAUACACAUGGUGCUGGGUCGCCACCUCGUGGCGUCGCCGGACGACAUCAUCUUCGCCAACCCGUGCAAGCAGUUCGGCGACCUGUGUGAGGCGCAGGCGUGCGGCGUGACCUACGUGACGGUGGACAACCCGCUGGAGAUGGAAAAGAUCGGUCGCCUGAUGCCCUCCGCCCGCGCAAUUAUCCGCAUCACGACGAACGACAGCAAGGCCCAGUGCUCCUUCUCCACCAAGUUUGGUGCCCCCCUUGAAGAUGUUGAGGGCCUCUUGCAGGCAGCCCGCCAGUACAACGUCACCGUGCACGGCGUCAGCUUUCACGUCGGCAGCGGCAACGACGACCACUCUGCGUACGUGUCCGCGGUACGCGAUGCCUACCACGUCUUCCAGCAGGCAGCCCAGUACGGCUUCAACUGCACCCUCCUCGACAUCGGCGGCGGCUUUCCGGGCACGGACAUUGUCGAGGGCAGCGGCAAUACCUCGUUCGAGGCCAUCGCCCGUGCUAUUCGACCGAUACUGGUAGAGCUCUUCGGCGGCGGUGAUGUCACCAUCAUCAGUGAGCCCGGUCGCUACUUCACGGCUGCCUCGCACGCGCUUCUCAUGAACGUAUUCGCCUCCCGCACGUUGCGGCUGUCUGAUGCCGAGGUGAGCCGCCAAGCCUUCCAGUCCGUCGUGUCGAUGGACGAGCGGGAAGAGUACCAGUACUACGUCAACGACGGCCUCUACCACAGCUUCAACUGCAUUCUGUUCGACCACGCCCACCCAACACUUCUCCUGCUGAACGACGGCGACGGCGCGGACGCGGUGGAGAGAGGCACGGAUGCGGCAGCGGUGUGCAACGAGGAGGAGGGCGGGACGUCGCUGAGCGUUCCCCUGGCGAACGACCCACUGUUUGUGUCCGCCUGGGACCGCCGUCGCAGCUUCCCGCGCCGCCCGCUGCGCAUCACAAGCAUCUUCGGCCCCACCUGCGACUCGAUGGACUGCAUCCUGAAGAAGCGGCCCUUCCCGGAGAUGAAGCUGGGCGACUGGCUUCUGGUGCCAGACAUGGGCAGCUACACCACCGCCGCCGCCGGCGUCUUCAACGGUUUCGCUACGCGCCGCUUUGAGUGGGUGAGCUCUGUUGACGUGUGCGCGAGGCCGAGGCCCGUGUACACGCGAGAGGGGGGUGACACGCUGAGGUUUGUGUGCGAAUGA